AAUAUACUGACGAACUGACGUCGACGUGUCAAAAUUUUGAUUGUAGUGUUAAGAGCCUUCAUAAAGUUUUUCAAAAUGAUUUUAGGCUUAUUUUUACUGAUAUCCAUAUUUUCAACUACAUUAGCCCAAGGCCCUACGUUAGUCCUACUCGACAAUCAAGUCAUAAGAGAAACCCAUUCGAUAUUUUUCAAGUCUUUGCAAGAAAGAGGCUACACGUUAACAUUCAAAAUAGCAGACGAUGCUUCGUUGGUGCUGUCGAAGUAUGGUGAGCACCUUUACAAGCACCUGAUCAUCUUUGCGCCAGCCGUGGAAGAAUUCGGUGGUAUGUUGAAUGUUGAGACCAUCACACAGUUCAUAGACGAUGGAGGUAACGUCCUGAUAGCUGGUAGCAGUGUCACAGGAGAUGUUUUGAGGGAACUGGCCUCCGAAUGCGGCUUUGAGGUAGAUGAAGAGGGAACCUAUGUAAUAGAUCACCUGAACUAUGACAUAACAGACCAGGGGCAACACACGAAAUUAGUGAUACCAUCAGAUUUGCUCAUAGAUGCUCCGGUUAUCGUAGGUGCCAAGAAGAACACAGCACCGCUGCUCUAUCAAGGCACCGGUAUCUUGGCCGAUGCCGAAAAUCCAUUGGUUCUGCCACUUCUGACAGCUGACAGCACUGCUUAUAGCUACAAUCCUGAUCAACUCAUCAAGGAAUAUCCCCACGCGUCUGGUAAAGAUACUGUCCUGAUUGCAGCUCUACAAGCUAGAAACAAUGCCCGAGUUGUGUUCAGUGGUUCUAUUGCGUUUUUCUCAGAUGAGUACUUUGAGUCAGCAGUCAAAAAGGCACAUGGUGGUUUAGAGGCUGCAAAAUCUGGAAACCAAGCUGCAGCUACAGCAGUUAGCCAGUGGGUGUUCAAGGAACACGGGCAGUUGAGAGUAAAAUCUGUGAAACAUCACAAAGUUGGCGAGACUGAACCACCUCAAGCUUACACUAUCAUGGAUGAUGUGGUUUACACCACUGAGAUCGAGCUCCUGGAAAAUGGCCAGUGGAAACCGUACACCGCCGACGACGUCCAAUUGGAAUUUGUAAGAAUCGAUCCAUUUGUAAGAACUACAAUGAAACGUAAACCCAGUGGAGAGUACGAGGCUAGGUUCAAGAUUCCAGACGUAUACGGAGUAUACCAGUUCAAAGUGGAAUACGACAGAGUUGGAUACACAAGGCUGUACAAUUCUACUCUGGUCUCGGUGCGUCCUCUUCAGCAUACGCAGUAUGAGAGAUUCAUCGUCAGCGCGUAUCCGUACUAUACGGGAGCGUUCUCUAUGAUGUUCGGCAUGUUCGUAUUUUCCUUCGUCUUUUUGCACAUGAAGGACGAUGAAAAAAAGAGCAAGAAAGAGUGAAGCUAAACCGUUUUGUAUUUCCUUUUUUUACUUGUUAAAUAAAAAGUAAGAUUGAACA